AGCGCCGAGGUGGGAGAGACUGCCGCGGAGGACAAGGUUACCACGGGGCAUCCACAAGGCGGUGUCCGGCAAAGGCAUCCUCUAUCCCAGGCCAAAUUGCUGAGAGUCGGGGAGAUUUAAAGAGCCACCCGGUCUCGGGUACCGGCAUCUGACAAUCUGAAAGCGCCAAUCAAUGGCAUUUUCCCCGCAGUGUGUGGCCGAUCUGAUUACGAUCCGGAUCGAAGCAUUUUUAAUAUGAACUCCACAUCCUGGCUGACCCUGCCUUUGAUCGUGUUGUGGGUCGCACCUCGAGUCCACUCGACAUGGUGGUACAUGGGUGCCCUUGGAACCCGGGUGAUUUGUGACAACAUCCCUGGUUUGGUGAGCAGACAACGACAACUGUGUCACAAGCACCCAGAUACGAUGCAGUCGAUUGGAGGUGGAGCCAAGGAGUGGAUCGCAGAAUGUCAACAGCAGUUCCGCCACCACCGCUGGAACUGUAACACGCUGGACAGAGACCACACACUCUUCGGUAGAGUCAUGCUUAGAAGUAGCAGAGAAGCUGCCUUUGUUUAUGCCAUCUCGUCUGCUGGGGUGGUGUUUGCCAUAACAAGAGCCUGCAGUCAAGGAGAACUCAGCUCCUGUUCCUGCGACCCCCAAAAAAAAGGCAUCUCUAAGGACCACAAGGGAACCUUCGACUGGGGAGGAUGCAGUGAUAACAUUGACUAUGGUAUUAGUUUUGCUAAAGCAUUUGUGGAUGCUAAGGAAAAGAAAGGGAAGGAUGCCAGGGCACUGAUGAACCUGCACAAUAAUCGAUCUGGGAGAAAGGCUGUAAAACGAUUCCUGAAACUUGAAUGUAAGUGCCACGGAGUUAGUGGAUCAUGUACAUUGCGAACCUGCUGGCUUGCCAUGGCAGACUUCCAAAAAACUGGCAACUACCUCCGGAGAAAAUACAACGGAGCUAUCCAGGUGAUCAUGAACCAAGAUGGCACUGGGUUUACAGUAGCAAAUAAGAACUUUAAAAAACCAACAAAGAAUGACCUGGUGUAUUUUGAGAGCUCUCCAGACUACUGUGUGAUAGACAGAGAAGCAGGGUCCCUGGGUACAGCAGGCAGAGUGUGCAACAGGACCUCUCGAGGGAUGGACGGCUGUGAAGUGAUGUGCUGUGGCCGAGGCUAUGACACCUCCCGCAUCAUGCGGGUGACGAAGUGUGAAUGUAAGUUUCACUGGUGCUGUGUCGUCCGCUGCAAGGAAUGCCACGAAAUGACAGACGUACACACCUGCAAAGCUCCCAAGAACGCAGAGUGGCUGGAACAGACAUGAAAGAUCAGAGGAAGCACGGACAGAUAAUACUCGCCCUCUCUUCAUCUUUAACAAAACCAGCCUGCCUCCAUUUUUAUUCUAUCUGAAUCUACAGGAGAGAUGUCCCGCUGAGUUACUCCAGCAUUUUGUGUCUAUCUACAUCCUUUAUUUAACAUCCUAAAUUAUUUUAUGUGAAGACAUUGUUUUCAUUAUACCAGGGUCCCUGUUUGGAAGUCAGUGAUGCAAGACUUUUCUGAAAAGGUAGUUCAAUAGCAUUUGCCUUUUCCUGAACACAAAUGGUGUGUAAUUAACUGAAUUUGCCCAUUUGGAAAUCAUAUGAAAUUCAUAGCUUGGAAGUUAGGUUGAAAGAUUCAAUAAGAGUCUCAAAAUCCUUUGGUUUUCAUUUUAAUAUGCUGCUUAUCUCUAUCCACUGCUCAUCAUCCACGCGGCAUUGCAGUCCUGCUGCAGAAAGAUCAGCAUGCCUUUGUUUUCUGCCAUCAUUUGCUUUUCAUAGACAUGACCCAAAAUAGGUACAAUCCCCAACCAGGACUCAAUGUUCUGCACCAGUUUCUGAACAAAUGUCAGAACCAGGUUCCAUAUUGUAUAUAACA